AUGGGCCUACACACUGAACAGUUAGAACAAGAAGAUCAGGACGCUAUAAUACUUGAUGCCAGAGCUGGCGACUUGGAUUCUCUUAAAGAUAUAUUCCACACUUUGAUCAGUCCCAAGUUACUUGCCACUUGCAAAGAAAGUGAGUCUAAUUCUACAGCUUUGCACAUGGCUGCAGCAAAUGGCCAUAUAGAGACGGUUCGGUAUAUACUAGAGACGGUUGCUCUCGAAAAUAGCGCCAAAGAAUUAAAGGCCUUCAUCAACGAGGCAAAUGAAACGGGCAACACGGCGUUACAUUGGGCGUCGUUGAACGGCAAACUGGAAGUAGUCAAGUUACUAUGUGACGAAUAUGAGGCGGAUCCCUUCAUCAGAAACAAGUUUGGCCACGAUGCCAUUUUUGAAGCUGAGAACAGUGGGAAAGAGGAAGUGGAAACGUACUUUUUGAAAAAGUAUGAUGUCGAACCCGAGGAUGACGAAGAUACGCAAACGGAGGGAAAGGCUGCCGUCCAAGUCACGAAAGGUACAGAAAUUGAACAAGUUACCAAGGAGGCCACUGAAGCUCUAAGAGAAGAAACUGAGAAGUUGAAAAUAAACAAUGAUUGA